AUGUUCUUAGUAACACCUUUCCGAAAUGGGCUCACUCUGGGUGCCACAAGCUCCCUGAGCGCCGCUGAGCUGUACCAGCAGGUCUUUGCACAAGGUUUUGCCAAAGGCUGGACUGGCGGUGCCUUCACGGCAAGAGCUGCUUGUCCACAAUUUCUGUGCCUAGGCCCGGCAUACCACUUCUAUGCCUCAUUUUCCGGUGUCGGCGGCGGCGUGCUCCUCACCAGCCUCACAGAGACCUUGAUCGUCUAUGGAGCUGAGACAAAGAACGCUCAAAUGGCCAUGAACCAGAAGAGCCCUGGCAGCAUACCUUCCGUGCAUCCGGCAUGGAAGCCUUUUGGCCCUGGAUUCGGCAUCCACGUCUUCAGGAAUGUCAUUGCUACGGCGGGACUCCGAAUGUUCUGUACUCCUUGCAGAACUGCCAUCGAGAAGGCGACGGGCACUAGCAAUUCCAUGACUACACUGGGCGGAGACUUCGCUGGAAAUGUCUGUGCAGCGUGCCUAUCUGCACCAGUCCACCAGCUGUACGGCUUCGCUGUGACAACCCCUGAGCUGAGGACUCUUCCAGCUGCGGAGAAGAGGGAGAGAAUGGUUUCGUUCCUGAAAGAUCAGUAUUUGGACACCUCCAAUGGAAGGACAAGGCUCAGUGGACUGGUCCCCCGAGAUCUCUUCAUGCGCAGCAUGUACGUGGCGGUAGCCUACACAAUGUACUCCACAGUCGAGCGAACUUUGGUGGCCAAUUGGAACAGCUGUGAAUAUCCCCUCACCCUGACCAAGAAGAAGGUCCCGACAAGGUCGAGCAGCUUAACGCCACUUUCUGGCAAGGCAAACAAAGGCAUGGCAGCUACUACAGGGUCCCUGGGUUCUCUUGCCCCUGGAGAAGUUGGUCAGGAGUCUGGUGGAGACGAUCUGAGGUAUGUCUUGAAGGAGGGCAGAGACAUGAAUGGCGUGUUCUAUCUGCUUGAAAUGGCAACGGAUGGGCGCAGCUUAGCAAUCACAGCGUACGAUGCCGAUCAAAAGAACACCUUGGAGCUGCUGGUGAACGAGAAAAACCACCGCAGGCUGUAUCGCGACCACAACGGCGACUACAGGGCCAUUGCAGCGAAACUCUGUCUGGACGGCGAGCAGCUCUACAUCAACCACGACGGCAUGGUGCCCGAGGAAAAACCCGAAAGGGCCUCCUGA